AGAGCUGUCUGCACUUGGGAUCUGUUUCCUGUCAGUUUCAUGACAGACGGAUGCUGCACACUGGUGGUGCUUGAGGAGAGACCCUUCCUUAUAUGGAUGUAAAUGCCUCAUUCCUUCAGCCUAUGGUGCACAUAAAACAUGGACAGCAGACACCUGUGGAAAUGAGCUUAGAUUUAAAAAUGAUAGAUCUAAUCUUACAAUAUUUCACAUAGCUUAGACAUAAUAUAAAUGCUUGUGAUUCAAGAGCUUUAGAAAAGUGUUGUGUGAUGAGGCAUUAUUUGGUAGUGAUGAUGAAACGCGACAUCAAAUGUUCAUCCAUCAGUGUCCACCCCAAGGCAUUGUGUAUAACCUACUAACUGUGGUGUAUCCUUAUUAGAUUAAUAUUUACACCUGCUUUAAGGCUGACAGUAAACAACAUAUCAAAACCCGCUGACAUCAUGAUAGCUUACCCUUCUUACCAGGAGCUACCAUAUGAAGUCUCUGUAUUCCUGAGGACAAAGCCACAGAUAUUUGCGUGACUGAUAUUGAGAUUCAUCUCUUUACACACUGAGGACAAUUAACAGACUCAUACACAACUAUUACAAAUGAUACAAACAUUCCCUGAUGCUCAAGAAGACAACAUGAUACAUUUCAAAAGUCAGUUGUGUAGGCUGUUGGAAGUGUCUCACAUGUCCUCUGUGAUGGAUCUCAGCACCAGACAGUCAAAUACGCAGAAAAGACAUUGUGGAUUUACUAAUGGAUCUAAAAUGCCGAUUUUCCCUAUUUGUGAUGUACAUUUAAUGUCCUGGAUCGAGGCGGACUCUAUCCACCUUUUGGAAAUGUUGGUGUCAGUAAUGAUGAUGGGGCUUAACAUAAAUACUUCUCAAUAUUUCUUACUGCCAUUUCCAGUGUUUUUCAUUUUAACAGGAUCUAUAAUAAUGUUGGCUGCAAGCAAACAGAAAGUUUGUCUGGUGAAAACAGCACAGGCUUUCAACUACAUAAAUAUUGUAGUUCUUACUAUAUGCUUUCGCUUCCACUUGGUUUUCACUUUGAUAAUGGGUGUGAUUGGCAUUAUCCUUAUAAUCUGUGAUGUUCUGGUCUUGAUUUUCUCUAUUGUAAUUGCCGCGGCUUCUUGCUCAUGGUGCUGCAGGUCCAAGUCAAGAAGUGUUGCAGUCAGUCACGUGACCAUCGCAGUGCCUGCCAACAGUGUUGGGCUUUUGAACCAUUCAGACCCCUCUGCCUCUCCUCGACCUGUUACCUCAGUCAUGUAUGUGCUGCCAGCAACAUACGGUCAAGUCCCGUCUUUACCUCCUCCAAACUACGGCCCGAUGACACCUGUACCUUCAGCGUAUUACAGUCCAGUUCCGACUGCACCUCCGGCUAGUUACAAUGGGUUCCCAACUUCUCCUCCACCUGCCUAUGACCAGUUACAGACACAAGAGAAUCAAAUUCAUCAAUACAUGAAAUGAGAUUCAUUUUUGAAAACUUGUAUAUAGUUUUUUUUCAAAGGGUAUUAAAAUGUGGUGGCUUGUCUUUUUUAUGUUUACACUGUUACAUGUUAAAGGGAAACUGUACCUAUCAGUACAACUUUUUGUUACGCGUUUGUCAGUAUUUUUUGAUACAAUUUAUAAGGUAAAGCAUUUGUUAUACAACCAGUUAAAUGAAAAGUUGAUGUUAAAGCCUCAAUAUGUUAGCAGACAUAUUUCUAUGACGGUAAUGUAUGCCUCAUAUUCUGAUAUCGCCUUUUGGUCAAUAAAUCUCUAGUUAACUCA